AUGGAAGUGGCUCACUCAAAAGAAGACAUAUCAGUCUCUCAACGAAAAUAUACUCUGGACUUACUAAAGGAAACAGGCAUGACUGAGUGUAAACCUAUUGACACACCAGUAGAGUAUAAUGCAAAGCUCAGUGAUAAGAAUGAUAGAGUUCCUAUUAAUAAAGAAAGAUAUCAACGAUUAGUUGGGAAGUUGAUCUACUUGUGUCACGCAAGACCUGAUAUUUCUUAUGCAGUAGGUAUUUCCAGUCAGUUUAUGCAAGCUCCAUAUGAGGAUCAUAUGACAGCAGUUGAACAUAUUCUUCGGUACUUGAAAGGAACCCCUGGAAAAGGUCUAAUGUUCAGGAAGACCGAAAAACGAUCUGUUGAAGCCUACACUAAUUUUGACUGGGCAGGGUCUGUUGUUGAUAGAAAAUCAAUGUCUGGGUACUAUACGUUUGUAUGGGGUAAUCUUGUCACCUGGAGAAGUAAGAAACAAGGAGUUGUUGCUAGAAGUAGUGCUGAGGCUGAGUAUAGGGUCAUGCAUCUAGGGAUUUAUGAAGAAUUUUGGUUGAAGAAAGUAUUAUCAGAUCUCCAGUAA